AACGUCUCAAACGCUACGAAGAUGAAAAAGAUCAAGAUAGUAAUAAUACAUCAAAAUUAAUAGACAGAGUCACAUAUUUACGAAAAAACAGAGAAAAUGAUGUUUCAAAGGUGAUCACUAAUAUUGAAGAUUCGAUGAACGUUGAUCUCUGCUUCGUUUUAGAUUGUACAUGUUCUAUGGCUCCUCACAUCAAAGCAGCGAAAGAGCAUAUAUUAAAAGUGGCUAAUUAUGUUAAUAACAAUAAUUCACAAAUUAAAUUCUGGGUUGGCUUCUGUGGAUAUCGUGAUCACGGUGAUCGUGAUUGUUUACAGAUUUUUGAUUUUACUAACUCUCUCGAGAGAUUUGAAUCAUACAUAACUAAUAAAGUGAUGACUGGCCAAGGUAACUCGGAUAUUCCAGAAGAUGUCCUAGGCGGUCUUAAUUCUGCAAUAACUACGAUGACUUGGAGCAAUACCACCCGUAUACUUAUUCAUAUUGGUGAUGCACCACCACAUGGUCGUCGUUUUAGUAACAUAUAUGACCGAUACCCAAACGGUGAUCCCAAUGGUUUAACCGCUGAAAGUGUGCUGAAAGAAAUGCGAUCAAAAAACAUUUUAUAUUAUUUUGGAAAGAUUAAUGAUUCAACGGAAAUAAUGCUUGGAAUAUUUCGUGAAAUAAUUGGUGAAUUUCCUGUAUUUGAUCUCAACGCUACGGGAAGUGACCCUUCGAUAUUAGUCGAUAAAUUCUGUAUGGCUACUAGUUCUGCCAUCUUUUCUUCUGUUACAUUAACCACUACGUUAAGAAACCCGAAAAAUGUAUACUCUUUGCAACAAAAAAAACUUGAAAUCAAUCCACUCGAACCUGAUUGGACUACUCUUCCAGAAAAAAAGGGAGAAAUUUUAUGUUAUGUUCCACCUAAAACUUUGUCUGAA